GCGGAGCUGGGCCCUGUGCUAGCAGACACUGUGCCCUUAAUGUCCUGGGGGACAGACCACCACACCACCUCCUGGACCCCCUGGAAGCCCCAAGAAGGACAUUUGGAGCUUGGUGAUCUCCUCCAGACCUCGUGACCCCACGUGACCAAGCCACCCUCAAGGACCCAUGUGCAUCAUCUUCUUUAAGUUUGAUCCUCGCCCUGUUUCCAAAAAUGCCUACAGGCUUAUCCUGGCCGCCAACAGGGACGAGUUCUACCACAGGCCGUCCAAGGCAGCGGACUUCUGGGGGAGCAACAAUGAGAUCCUCAGUGGACUCGACAUGGAGGAGGGCAAGGAAGGAGGCACGUGGCUGGGCAUCAGCACUCGGGGGAAGCUGGCUGCGCUCACCAACUACCUGCAGCCGAGGCUGGACCCAGAUGCACGGGGCCGAGGUGAACUUGUGUCCCACUUCCUGACCACGGACAUGGACAGCCUGUCCUACCUAAAGAAGGUCUCCAAAGAGGGCCACCUGUACAAUGGCUUCAACCUCAUAGCAGCCGACCUGAGCACUGAGAAGGGAGACAUCAUUUGCUACUAUGGAAACCGGGGGAAUGACAAGCCUGUGGUCUUGGAGCCAGGGACCUACGGGCUGAGCAACGCGCUGCUGGAUACGCCAUGGAAGAAGCUGUGCUUCGGGAAGCAGCUCUUCCUGGAGGCCGUGGGGCGGAGCCAGGCACUGCCCAAGGAUGCCCUGGUGGCCCAGCUCCUGGACAUGCUCAACAAUGAGGAGGCGCAGCUGCCGGACCCGGCCAUUGAGGACCAGGGCAGGGAGUAUGUGCAGCCCUUCCUCAGCAAGUAUGCAGCCGUGUGUGUGCGCUGCUCGGACUACGGCACCAGAACGAACACGGUCAUCCUGGUGGAUGCAGACGGACACGUGACCUUCACAGAGCGCAGCAUGCUGGGCACAGACCCCUCCCAUUGGGAGACCACCACCCAUGAGUUUAAGCUACAGAGCUAACCCCCACCUGGUGUGGCCAGUGGCUCCUGGGAGGCCCUGCCACACAUACUGCCCGUGACUUGGCCAGCAGGCCCCUGGCCAGAACCCUCUGGUUUGCGUGAACCGUCUGCGUCCCUGUGUCUAGCUCAGGGUUCACCCUCAUGCCAGGAGAAAUGACAGUCCCACAGCCAGGUCUGGGGCAGCCCAGGUGUACUGUGCCUCCCCUUACCACGCACAGAGGCACAUGCGUGUACCCAUUGAACCAGAUGUUUUAUGGCCAGCGCGUCCUGAUCCAAACAUCAGGACUGACUUCUUUUUCAAAGCGGCCCCUCCUGUCCUGGGCGUAGCCCAGUUCCUGACAAUCAGCCCUGCUCUGGGAGAGGAGCCAGGCCACAUUCAGAGCGAGGAAUGAGGAAACCUCCAUAGCAGAGGCACAGCCUGGUUGGUGGGUUCUGUGGGUGCUGGGGGCCCACGUGUGGGGGGCAGUCCUGUCGAGGGGAAGCUUGGUAUGCUCCUAGCCCCUGUGAUUAUGGGGGUUGUGGGUUCUGGGCAGGCCCAUCUCAGCGAGGGGAGACAGCUGCCCCAGCCGUUUCCCUUCUCCUGGGGAGUUAAACUUCAUAGGAAUCUGUACUUGAAUGUGAGACGUUGACAAUAAAACUCUGAGGCCGUGGUGA